AUGGUAUACUCUUCUCGAUGGGCGCUAUCUGCAGCUAUGACAAGCGUGGCUGCGUUGCAAAUCCCUCUGUUGUCUUCUAGCAACCAGGCGCUACUCGGAGAUCCCUCAGGAUCGAAGCCGCUCGUCAACUCUACAGAGCUGCAGGACCUUAUUAGCGGCGAUCGCUUGUUGACCCGCGCGAAGAAGCUCUACGAGAUUGCGAGGCUCGGCGAGGAAGAGUACAACCACCCUACAAGGGUCAUUGGAAGUGCUGGCCAUCUCGGAACGCUCUCCUACAUUUACGAGACCAUUCUACAGCUUGGGGAUUACUAUACCAUCUCAAACCAGAGCUUUCCUGCUGUUUCUGGCAACAUCUUCGAAUCCCGGCUUGUGCUUGGCAAUGAUGUCCCCAAAUCAGCAGCGCCUAUGGGUUUGACGCCACCCACAAAGGACAAGGAGCCGGUACAUGGAGAUCUCAUCUUAGUCGACAACGAGGGUUGUCAAAUGUCCGACUUCCCCGACUCUGUUGCAGGUAACAUUGCCUUCGUCAAGCGAGGAGUAUGUCCGUUUGGAACCAAGUCAGAGCACGCCGGCCAGAAAGGAGCAGUUGCGACCAUCGUCUACAACUACGAGAAGGACCCUGUUUCUGGUACCCUAGGGACACCUUCCCCGGAUCAUGUCGCUACAUUUGGGCUAUCUGGCGAGGAGGCAGAGCCUGUUUUGAAGAAGCUCAAGAACAAAGAGCGCGUUGAUGUCAUUGCCUACAUCGACGCUGAGGUCCAGCAGAUCUUAACCGUCAACAUAGUCGCACAAACAACCGAAGGUGAUCCGGAGAACUGUGUCAUGCUCGGCGCACACAGCGACAGCGUUGCAGAAGGACCUGGUAUCAACGAUGACGGUUCUGGCACAAUCUCGCUGCUCGAAGUCGCUACACAGCUCACCAAGUUCAACGUCAGCAACUGCGUGCGUUUUGCGUGGUGGGCUGGCGAGGAGGAAGGCCUGCUCGGCUCAGACUACUACGUUCAGUCGUUGUCGGAAGAGGAGAACCAGAAGAUUCGUCUGUUCAUGGACUACGAUAUGAUGGCCAGCCCCAACUUCGCAUACCAGAUCUACAACGCUACGAACGCCUUAAACCCGAACGGGUCGGAAGAGCUGCGUGAUCUGUACAUCGAUUGGUACAAGAAGCAGGGCCUCAACUACACCUUCAUUCCCUUUGACGGCCGCAGCGACUAUGAUGGUUUCAUCCGCAACGGUAUCCCAGGAGGAGGUAUUGCGACUGGUGCCGAGGGCAUCAAGACCAAGGAGGAGGAGAAGGUCUUUGGCGGCAAGGCAGGUGAGUGGUACGACCCUUGCUACCACCAGCUGUGUGACGAUGUUGGCAACGUCAACAUGACAGCCUUUGUCGUCAACACCAAGCUCAUCGCACACUCGGUCGCGACGUAUGCUGUUUCUCUUAAGGACUUCCCCAAGCGUGACACCACCGUUGCCUCGCAGGCGUACAAAGAAGCCACCAAGUACCACGGUAGCAAGAUGUUCAUUUGA